UUUCUUGCCAAUUACAGGUCAAUCGCGGAGCACUACGCGCAAAGGCGUGCCCACCGAUACUGACUUGAUGAGUUGUCGACCUUUUUUUGCAGACAACAGCAACUCUUCAUUGGCUGUACGCAUGCUAGCCUACCGUUUUAUGUUUCAGGCCCUCACUAACAGUACGUGGGCGACAAAAUCAGCCCGACUUUUCUGCCUGACUUGUCACCUGCGACCCUACAUAAGGGACUGCCACUACGCCGCCUGCAACUGACCUCUGCCAGCACCUUCCGUUUCUCCCCCACACACGCCUUUCUUCGACAGACAAUCUCGUACUUGUUUUUAGUUCAACGUCCAGCAAUCGCACUGGACUUACGUCUCGGACUAACUUGCUGUAUUGAUUUCCAAAAGUCAAAAAUCUCGUUGCCAACCAGUUGCUAGUUGAUACCUCGAAACAUGCAGCCUAUGCUUAUCCACUACUGCAACUGUAAUAACAACACGUCUGUCCCUUACAGCUCGUCCAUCUUUUCCCAGAAUAUCGCCUGCUCAAAUUGCGGCUCCAUAUCAACGGGCAUCAAUAUCCGACCAAAGACUCAAGCGGAUACAAACAUGCAGCAAGACGAGCUUGCGCAGCUGUUCUCAGCUCACAUGAACCUAUCCAAUGGAGCGUCUCAGCAAAUGCCACAGGUUCAGCAACAAGUCCAGCAACAGGUGCAGGAAGAGGUUGUGCAACGGCAAGAGACUCCGAAACCGAUUGUUUACGCUUCUUCACAUUAUACCCACUCUUACCAUGUCGCGGCUCCCUCCCGGUCUACUUCGGAACCGUCAAACAAGACGCAUAUUGAGUCGUCUCAGCUAGAGGCUGUGCUCUUGCGCAACAGCAUUGAUCCCUCGCUGCUGUUUCCUUCUCAACUCGAUCUUUUCCAGAACGCAGACGACGAUCAACGACUGCGUUUACUCGAGCUAUGGCGUAUCUCGCCUCCGACGGGCCGUCAGGGGUACCCAGCUGGCACAGACUACAACAUGUCGAGACAGCUCUACGACUGGCCGCCAACCAGUGUGGCGCAAGAAGAGGCCAUGGCAAAGUUGAGAUAUGAGACACAAUUGGCCGAGCGUGCCCAACAGGAGGAGAUUCAAAGCCACCAACAGCAACUAAAUCAGAGUAUGGAUCGUGCAGCAGAACAGAUGGCAGAGCCAUACAUGGCCUCGGGAUACGAGAUGAUGGCCAGGCGCGAAUACGAUGAAUCUGCACACGCAGCUGAGAACAAGUCGACCACCGAGACGGACAGGUAUUGCCAAGCAACAGAUCCGGUGUACAACAUCGGUGGAACGAACGGUGGAUUGUGGCAGAAGAACGUUGGGAGCCUAUUGGAUAUGGAGGAUAACUACGGGUCUUUUGCGUACGCGAGAGAGUACGGCAUGCAACAGACAUAUGGCGACGAGGAGAUGGUCAUGUAAAGACCUAGACGAGCUGGUGUUGAGGGGUUCAAUGUCGUUUAGCAUGUUACCAGGGGGGCAAGGACUCGACUUGCUGUAGGAGCUCUGAAGACAAACCAAUAAGAUACCCAUGU